UUAAUCUUUAUAGCUGUAACUCUGUAGUGCACUCAGUAGGGCUCAUAACUCACUCACUCCCUCCCUCCUCCACACCCUACAAACUUCUUUUUGUUGUUUCUUCACCCCAUUAAAAUCAAUAUUCACCAAACAAUAAACUUUCCAACGAAACAAAGGUCUUUAAUACCGGAGCUCGUGCACUCCCUUUCCAGCGCGAGGCCAUACAGUCCAUACGCAAACUCCACACGAACACGAAGACUUUUCAGCCCCUCCUACUUUGGGGCGCGUCCCAAUAGCGGUUAGCUAGCUUGGGUAGUGCGCGCGGACAUGCUUCCGAACUGUAUAGCAUGCGUGCGGUGACGUCAGUCGGAGUGUAAAGACUAGGCUAGGCUAGGGUGCUAGUGCGGGUUGGAUUGGAACGCGGCCACGGUGUAAGUUAAUGUCCCUCCGGUGUUUGGAGCGCAGCACUCUCACGCGCAGGGAUGAAGAACAUUCCACAGCACUUCUUUCCCUCGUGGGCGGGGCCUGGCGGGGGCGGAGGCUGGUCCUGGCCUCUGUGUAUAAAAUGGGAGGCCGGUGAAAGUCUUCAGUUGUGGGGUCUGGACUCGGCGCUGUGGUGCAUGCUGUGUCGUGGGGGCAGAGAGAAGCUGGACCAGGCCUGUCAGAGGGGCAGAGUGGCACUGCAACUACCCAAAGCCAUGCUCCAACUCAAACUGCCCCGCCUCUUCAACAUCCACCAGAUCCCAAAGGUGUUUUGGGAGGACAGCAUCAUAUCCGGUUACAGACACCCUCAAAGCUCCGCCCUGGACUGCAUCCUCAGCAGCUUUCAGAUGACCAAUGAGACGGUGAAUAUCUGGACCCACUUCCUGCCAACAUGGUACUUCCUGUGGCGCUUCUGUGUGCUCUGUUCCACGGUGGACUUCCUGUCUGAGAGCUACACGUGGCCGCUGCUGGUGUACAUGCUGCUGAUCUGCUUGUAUCCCUUCACAUCCAGCUGUGCUCACACCUUCAGCACCAUGUCACCUAAAGCUCGGCAUAUCUGCUACUUCUUCGAUUAUGGAGCACUCAGCCUUUACAGCCUGGGUUGUGCCAUAGCGUACGGCUCCUACGUGAUGCCCGAGUGUUGGGUGAACAGUCUUCUCCAUCGCCACUUCAUCCCCAUCGCCAUCGCUAACUCCGUCUUCUGCACCAGCGCCUCCUGCUACUCCAGGUUUUUAGAACUGCAGUUUCCUCAGAAGAGUAAAAUCCUGAGGACCGGAGCCUUCGUCGUUCCCUUCAUAUUCGACACUGUCCCACUGUUCUACAGACUCUUGCUGUGUUUCGGAGGAAGCUGCACUCACACGGAAGCUGUGUCCAGUCACUGCUAUCACCUGCUGUUUGCUUUCCUCACCUGCUUCCUCUUUGCCUCUCACCUUCCAGAGAGACUCGCACCGGGACGCUUCGACUACUUCGGUCACAGUCACCAGCUGUUCCACAUCUGCGCUGUGAUCGGCACGCACUUCCAAAUGGAGGCGGUUCUGGCGGAUAUGACGUCACGUCAGAGCUGGUUCUCCGCCCACUCGGCCUCUCCGUCCUUCCUGGGAACGCUGGGAGCUCUGGCCCUCGGCAUCCUGCUCAACCUGGGCAUCAUCGCUCUGUUCAGCGCCAGUCUGCCUCAUGCUUUGAACCUCAGCCCCGAGAAAGGAGGCGCUACGACCCGCACACCACAGCCGAGCGCCGCCUCGAAAGACGAGUAAAAUCCUCCACUCUGCACUUCAGAAAAAAAGAAGAAGAAGCUCUAAACAGGGCCCAGGGACUGAAGGAAUAGAGAUGCACCGAAAUUUAAUUUAAUUUAAAAUCUUUUUUUUUUUAAAUUUCGAAAGCUAACGAUGCCCAAAAAAGCCCGGAAUUUUAUUUUAUUUUAAUUAUUUAAAAUUAAUUUUUAAAAAAUAAUCCUGUACAUAAACUCAUAUAAGUAAGCAGGAAUUUGAGAAGGUAAAAAAUGCCCCCCAAAAAAGUGAAAAAAAUUUAAAAAAUCACUUUUAAUUAUUUAAAAUUAAGUUUAAUGAUAAAAUCAUCAAAAAAAUCAAUAAUCAACUUUAUAAAAUAAAAAUUAUUUUCCAUAUUUUAGGAUGAAAUCGAUCCAUAAAAAUGUGAAAGAAUUGCUUAAAAAUGUAAAAAUUUCAUUUAAAAUAGAUUUUAAAAUAUGUUUUUGCACUACUACGUUGUCCAGUGUUGCGAGACGUGAGGGAAUUUUUCACGAUCGUUUUGUUUUGAAUCACUUUUAAGCCAAAAAUGGGCUUUUUUUGCUGUGAUUCCACCUCCCCCACCCCCCAAAAAGCACUUUCUUAUAAAAUUAUAUUAGAAAUCAAUCGCACCUUGAUUUCGACAAAUCCAAAAAUCUAGGUUUUUUUUACCGUUAUGUCUUUUACAUGCCUCGUCACAUGGAAUUUUUUCCGACUUUCUCCGCCAUUGUUGAUGUCUGAGAUUACCUUCACAGGAAGUGUGUAAAGAUGGCCACGCCCACAAUCCAAAAAUUCACCCAAAUCUGUUAAAACAAAAAAAAGAAACUAAAUGUUUCAAUCUGUCAUGAUUAAAAAAAUGUUUCAACAUUGUUCAUUAAAUUUUUCUACAAAAUUUAAAAGAAAAAAAAAUGUCAAAAAAAUUGACAUUUAGAUACAAAAUUUUAAUCAGUGUCAACUUUUUGUCCUGAUUUUAUUUAUAUAUAUAUAUAUAUAUAUAUAUAAAAAAAAAAAAAACUUUUUAUUUAAAAAAGAAAAAAAAAUCACCACAAUAUCUGAGCUAUUUCAGAGAAGCGUUAUUUACCCUCUGUAAUCCCGAUGUGAUGUCAUGUGAUGUCAUGUGAUGUCAUCAUAUCGCUCGGCGUUGAUGUUUUUCACCUGAGCUUUUUUUUUCUUUCUAAAACCUCAUUAAAAACGUGAAUAAUACAAUUUCUGAAAUGGUACGGAAAAAAAGACUUAAAAAAUAAUGAGCCUUGAGAUGUCUUGAAUUUGAACGUUUUCAGUUCGGUGCAUCGCUAUUUUAUUACCUUUAUAACCUUUAUCCCAACAGAUAGCACUUAGGCAGUCCACUGCUUCGUAUUUUAUCUACUUUUUAGAUAUUUUGCUCCUUUAUAGCUCUUCAGUUUGGUAUUUCAGCUGAUGACCCUCUGAUGAUGUUACCUUUCUGGUAGAGAAGAAUUGUUCUGUGGUAUGAAACAAGCAAAUAUACAUAUAUAUAUAUAAACACUGCAGAAAGGUCAGGGCUUAAAUGAAGCGAAUACUGAAUUUUCUACCUUGCAUUUAUUUUAACACAAGUGCCUCCUUAGGGAUUUCUCUGUACAAGAUAUUAUUAUUAUUAUUAUUAUUAUUAUUA